AUGUCAACAUUUGGUACCGUUCGCCAUUCCUCAACUAACUUAAGUGCACAAAUGAAAAAACUCGUUGACUCCAAACAAUUUCGACAUGCUCUCGACAUUUUCGAUCAACAGUCGCGCGUUGCUGAUGAUUUGGCCUUGAACAUGGCACUGAAAGCAUGCAGCAAUUUGCAAGACUAUCGACGUGGACUUAGAAUCGUUCGACAACUCUCACCCAAAUCGCUCAACAAUUCCUUCAUUCAAACAUCACUUGUUCAAUUAUACGUAAAAUCUGGUGACUUGCAGAGUGCAAUCGGUUUAUUUAACUCAAUUCAGGUGAAGACGAAUCCACUGUACAUAACGUUCUUCAAAGGACUGAUAUCGAUGAAGAAAUCGAACGAAGUGUUGAACUUGUAUGAACAGGUGAAGAUGAAAUUGGAAGAAGGUACAUUUGUGAUGGUAUCAAAGGCAUGUUCAAAAGUCUGUGAUGAUCGAGCUAAGAGGAUUGGAAAAGAAUUACUGGGUAAUUUACCGGAAGAUUUGAAAUACUCUGAAAAGGUGAUGAACUCGAUAAUCGUGAUGUUGAUGAAAUUCGGAAAUGUCAGUCAAGCUGAAGAGAUCUUCCAUACGAUGAAACACAAAACUAUCUACACUUAUGGUGCAAUGAUGAGUGGUUAUAAUCACAAUCAGAUGUUUGAAAAAGCACUGGAUUUAUUUCAUAAAAUGGAUCUGUCUCCCAAUGAAAACAUACUAACCAUGAUCUUCGACACAUGCACACAUCUAUUCAAUGAUCGAGCGUUACAAACAGGAAAACAACUUCUGCACGACAUGAACAAAUCCUAUUAUAACGAUGAGAUUCUCAUGACAUCAGCUAUUCAUAUGUUGAUGAAAUUCGGUCUGGUCAACGAUGCUGAACGUUUGUUUCGUCAAGUCAAAACAAAAAGUGCGCGCACUUAUCAUGCAAUGAUCAAUGGAUACAGUGAAACGAACGAAUUUGACAAGUGUUUCCAGCUAUUUGAUCAAAUGAAAACUGUUCAGAUUGUCCCAGAUGAAGUCGUGUUUCUUUCAAUGAUUGGGGUUUGUGCAAAAACUGGUAUACGGUCAAUAUGUCAGUCAAUCGUUGAUCAAAUACCUUCGCAUCUGAAAACUAGUAAAAAUAUUCACACUAUUUUGAUUUCGAUGUGGGUAAGUGUUGUUUGUCCAGUAGAAAACAUCGUUGUAGUGACAACUGAAGAAAGAAUGUUUGNGAAAACUGUUCAGAUUGUCCCAGAUGAAGUCGUGUUUCUUUCAAUGAUUGGGGUUUGUGCAAAAACUGGUAUACGGUCAAUAUGUCAGUCAAUCGUUGAUCAAAUACCUUCGCAUCUGAAAACUAGUAAAAAUAUUCACACUAUUUUGAUUUCGAUGUGGGGUAAAAGUAGUUCGAUAGAAAAAAGUAAGGAAAUAUUUGAAUCAGUGAGCGAUCCAGAUAUUGUCGCAUAUAGCUCAAUGAUAAAUGCAUAUGGUUUGAACGGCAUGGGUGUUGAGGCUGUGGAAUUGUAUAGAAGAAUUCCUCUUGGCAUGCGCGACGAAGUGUCUCAUGUGUGCACGCUGAAUGCGUGUUCUCAUGCCGGUUUGUUAAAUGAAUGUCGUCAAAUAUUCGAUCAGAUACCUCACAAAACAUCAAAGAUUGUCACCACAAUGGUUGAUUGUUUGAGUCGUUUGGCAAUAUUUGAUGAAGCAGAAUCAACCAUCGAAGAUUAUGAAAAGACAAAUCCACCUUCGUCCGCUAUGUACACGGCAUUAUUGUCUGGAGCACGCAAUGUCCGUGAUUCGAAUCUGUCAGAUCGUGUCUACAAGAAGAUGCAACAAUUGUUCCCUGGCGAGAAAGACACGCUAGUUGCUGGUUCCAUUCUCUUGUCAAAUAUUUAUUCGUCGAUCGGUGAUCAUCAUCGUGCAGAAGAUAUCCGAGUCCAUAGAAUCAAACAGUUUGGACACAAUGUGAACGUUGGCUUAUCUUGGACUUCGGUGAACAAUAAACUGGUGCAAUUCAAAGCUCAUGAUCAUUCUCAUCCUCAAUCAAAGGAGAUCUAUGAAGAGUUACAACGUUUAUCGUGUGAGCUUCGUGAACAUGGUCAUACAUUCGACAGUAGUUGGAUCACUCGUCCGAUAAACGAUGAGGAAACAGUGGAAAGUGUGUUGUGUGGACAUAGUGAGAAAUUGGCGAUCGCAUUCAACUUCAUUCAACAGCCACCUCCUUCCCCGAUCCAAAUCAGCAAAAAUCUUCGUAUUUGUGGUGAUUGUCAUGCUGUGACAAAACUCAUAUCGAAACUUCGUCAAUGUGAAAUCAUCAUCCGAGAUGCAAAUCGAAUUCAUCAUUUCUCCAAUGGUGAAUGCUCAUCUACACUCCGAUUGAAAACGUUCUCUGUGGCACUCUCAACACUGUGA